ACUUUGCUCUCUCACUAUCUUUCCUUUUCUCAUCACACUUUGAUACGCUCCCUCCCCUUCCCCCACUCUCGCAACUGCAGUUCGAAAAUCUGAGAUUAAUUACACAAAGAUCGAUUUUUUUAUUUUUCUAUUUGUCCGGAAAUGGAGGAGUUUAAUGAUGUUGAUCAACAAGCAAAUGCUCUCAGUCUCAUCGAUCUAGACUAUCAGUUUUCAGAAAACGAGACAGAGGCCACGACUCUUCAGUUGUCAGAAGCUAUGGGUGCACAAAAAGAAGUGUUUAUCACCAUCAACGGUGAUGGAAAUGACCAAUUACCUGAACUGCGUGAGUGGACUGAACCGGAAAGCAGCCAACGAAAUGGAAGAUGUAACCUGCGUGAAAGUUUAGCCUGGGAUAGUGCUUUCUUCACUAGUUCAGGUGUUCUGGAGCCGGAGGAAUUGUCCAGUAUGCUUAAAGGAGCUGGAAAGGCCGGAAAACAUUUAUUACCUGGAAUUGAAGAAGAUAUAAGAAGGUCAACUGAGUCGAUCUCCACGCUAGAAAGUGAUAGUUUGACCCUUGGAAGUCUUGAGGAUGACUUGUUUUCAGACAUAAGAGCUUCAAUCCAAAGAUCUAGCAGAAGAGCAUUAUCUAUGACAAAUUCCAGCAGCAACGUGAUACCGGUGGUGAUAGAUAACCAAGCAAUUUCAUGUGUUCUGGACCCGGAGGAAUUGUCCAGUAUGCUUAAAGAAGCCGGAAAGGCCGGAAAACACUUAUUACCUGGAAUUGAAGAAGACAUAAGGAGGUCAUCUGAGUCGAUCUCCACGCUAGAAAGUGAUAGUAUGACCCUUGAAAUUCUUGAGGAUGACUUGUUUUCAGACAUAAGAGCUUCAAUCCAAAGAUCUAGCAGAAGAGCAUUCACUAUGACAAAUUCCAGCUGUAACGUGAUACCCGUGGUGAUAGAUAACCAAGCAAUUUCAUGUCUGAGGAAGGACGACCAGGCUUCUGAGAAUCAGCUAAAUCCAAAACCUGCUGUAAAGAAACGUAUUGGCAUGCAAGCAAUUAGGAUCUCAAAAUGUCAAUCAAAGCAAAAUAUUGGGCUGCAAAGAUCAGGGAAAGCAGUUGAGAAGGAUUCUGGGCAUUUUCAAGUGACACAGAAUGGGCAGUCAAGUUCAUCACUUCCCAAACCACGCAAGGCAAUCAAUAGGGUCAUCCCCACUUCAACGGCAGCAGCAAAGAGGUCUUCUUUGAGUAGUGGUGUCAAAACUGAAAAUGAAGGCACACAUCUCAGUACUGUUGCCACUAAAGGGACUCAGGCAUCAAAGGUACCUGUCUUAAGUGGUACAAAGAAGGUAUUGUUGAAGCCUGCAUUGUCUUCCAAGUUCUCUUCUUUGAGUUCUUCAACUACAAGCAAGAUGCAGUCUACAAGAUCCACUUCGAGCAACAGUACCGUGUUACCUGAAACCACUGCUAAGUCUUCAUUAAUGAUAGCAAGAAGAAAUCCCAUCAAAAGCAGAACUCUUAAUUCUGCUUCUUCUGGUUCCAUUCCCAAAAACCUAUCAAAAGCUAAAGUGAAGAAUGAUCGUUCAUCAUCUGCCCUGUCAGCUUAUCUGGUGUCAGCUAUGACCUCAAAUAUGUCACCAACUAGUUCUAUUGACGAAUUAUCUUCUGCAUCAUCGUCGUCGUCGUCAUCAUCAUCUUCUACGAUCAACCGAAGGUCCAACAACUCAAGGAACAGUCUCAAUACUAGUUCUGGCCAAUCUGUUGGUGGUGAUAUAGUUUCUUUGGAUUUCAAGAAUCAGUAUACUAAUGGAAUUGCCAAUGGACAUAAAAGUCGGGGAACAGCUUCACCUGGUAACAUUACAAGGAAAAGUUCGACACAAGCCAGUAAAGCUGGUACACUUUCCAGUCAGCCUCCUCCGAAGGUGUCAGGACUACGAAUGCCAUCGCCAAAGAUUGGGUUCUUUGAUGGGGUGACAUCGUCGGUUUCUCAAUCUGGAAUUCCGACUAUGCUACCUGAGAAAGGAGGUGUCAUGUGCAGUUCAAACAGGAGCUCCAACAUAAAACCAAGGCUUAGAAAGCUUCCAACUGCUAGAAUGGUAACUGCUUUGGCAAACACAAAUUCUUAUAUUCAGAAAGCCACACCUCCUAUAUCCUCUGAAGAAAAAUCAUACACACGGGCAACUGUUUCCACUUCUCUGGUAGAUGUAGAAUAUGGUAAGUCGUCUGUUGAAGUUGAAGGAAACACGAGCAGAGAAAGUUGCUCGAAUAUGCAGGAAGUUAUCGGUGAUGAUGUUAAGCUUGAUAUAGAUAAAGGUUCCAGGGCAAGACCGGAUGAGAACAUAGGAGUCUUGACAGAUGAAACGGUAUUAAAUAUGCAUGGAAACAUAGGCACAGAAAAUUUUGAGAUUGUAACAAGUGUUGAUCAGAAAGUAGAUGAAAAUGUAAUUGAUGGCCAAAAUCAUGCUAAGAAAUCCCAUCCAAUUUGCAGAGUGGACAGAAAAGAAAGUGGUCAUAUUGGAGAUCAAGUUGAUGGGGUAUGCGAACACAAAAUGGAUGGAAAUUCAAAUAUCCAUGGCCAAAUGGAUGAAAUUAUUAGUGAAAUGUCAGAUUGUGUUUCAGAAACUUCUUCUGCAAUCACGUCCGAGUCUGCAGGUGGCAGAGCCCCUUUUGCUGUCAAGAAUUUUCUGUAAUGACGAAUGUCUUGAUAAUUCUCAUGACUCGCCAGUCCAGAAUUUAGAGAAGUCAAAUUUUCCCUUGCUUUCUCCUGAGCAGAAAGUCAAUCACACAGAGAGGGGAGAGGCGGAGGGGGGCGGGGGGAAGUGUAAUGCUUUGACUUCUGCUC